GUGACGGAGCGACAGUUUGGGUAGAUGUAUUAUAUCGCGGUUAACUGAUUGUUGGAUUGUCCAUGUUGUCAUAGUUAAGCUAAGACAACUAGCGAGUUAACCUGCAUUUGUCAGUUACAUUUUGGUCUCAUGUUGGAAAACCCUUUGGGCCUCUUGAUAAAGUAACAUAAAUAAAUCGUCUUUUUGUCAAAUUGUUAACAAAGAAGGGUCAGCUACUUAAGUGACCUACACUAAAUGCAGGAUACUUAGCUAACAAGUUGCAUCAACAUUGUUUAUAAUUGUUAUGACACAUGUUGUUACAGUUUCGUAAGUUUCUUAACAGAUGUUUGCAAAUAUUGCCAAGCUAUUUUAUAAUAUGUUCUCCAACGAAACAGUAUUUUGAGUGCAUAUAUCAAUAACUCAGCUGGAGAGGGAGAGAGAGAGAGUCGGAGAGAGAGGAGUGUCGGUUAGCCUGGCGCUGGGCUCCAACACAGACUCACUGGCUGCAGAUGAAGUUUUCAGUCACACUUACCGUACGAGACCACUAGGAAUUCAUACGAACCAUCCAGACUCUGUAUCUUCUGACUGAGAUGUUGCGAUGUUCCGUGCAGUCUUACAAAACGUGGAUUUGUUUGGGGUGAUUUUUCUGUUUUGCGCUUUUUUACAGGAGAGCGGCUGCAGAUCGGCCGAUGCAGACAGCUGUCAUGAGGUGAAGACAGCCUACAUGAUGCGCCAGAUAGGUCCGGUGGAGCUGGUGCCAGACAGACCGGGAACAGAUGAGUCUCUCCAAGUGUGUGUCCACCCUGGACUUACAUGCUGUACGAGUAAGAUGGAGGACAGCUACAUGACGGCUGUUCGCAGUGAGACGCAGCAGAAGAUGCGGUCCUACAGCUUCGAACUCAAGUACCUUAUUGCUGGACACACCAAGGCCUACAAAGAGACCUUUGAGUCGCUUCUGACCUUGACAUCAAACCUGACCAACACUCUGUUCGACAGCGCCUACUCUGGUCUGGCGUCCGACUGUCGUCCACUUGUGUUUCAGCUGUUUACUGGCAUCAAACGCCACCUCUAUGGAGACACAAAUUCUUCACUGCACAACACUGUGCGUCGAUUCUACGAUGAUCUUUUCCCUUUGGUCUACCACCGUCUCCUCAACCCUGGAAUCGGCCGCAUAUCAUCCCUGUCCUAUUCCUCCACCUCUACCAAUUACGACGACUGCCUGCGGUUGACACGGCAAGAUGUCAGCCCGUUUGGACCCCACCCUCGCCUCCUGGUCAGUAACCUGUCUCGGGCACUUGGGGUGGGCCGAGCACUGAGCCGACUGCUGAGACUGGCUGGAGAAGUUAUGAAUGCGACCGAGAAGGCAACGUUAUCCAGAGAGUGUGGUCGAGGCUUAGUGAGGAUGCAGUACUGCUCCCACUGCAGAGGGCUGACACUGAUACGGCCCUGUACUGGUCUGUGUGUUAACAUUAUGAGAGGAUGUCUGGUCAGUGUUGCAGAGCUUGGUGGCCCCUGGGGAAAUUUGGUGGUACUGCUCCAACGGAUAGCUGCCACUUUAGCGACCAGCAGCAACCACAACAACAUGGAGUUAGCUCUGUUAGCAGUGCGAAACCAUGUGAAUGACGCCAUACUACAUGCUCAGCUACACGGGCCACACAUCACAGCCACAGUAGAGAAGGUGUGUGGUCCCCAGGCAGCUGGCCCCAUGAUGGCAAGUGUAAAUCCUACCACCUUGCAUGUCGCAGCCUCACUGGGUCCUUCUGCACUUGCAACGUCAGAGAAGUCAUCUGUGAUGUCACCGCUCUCAGUUGGCCCUGCUGCUCAUCAACAUGUGCAGCUACAAUCCCCAAGGCCGUUCCCUCUGAAAGGUUCCAGAGGUGAGAAGAGUCGAAGCCUUAAAAAACUGUCCAGGGAGUUCGAGGGCUCGAUCCAGCGCUACCAGUGGUUUUUCUCAGAGCUGCCAGAGAUGCUUUGUGAGAGUGAGCUGGAGUUUGAGCAACACACAUGCUGGAGUGGCGAAGAUGUCGUAGAGAGUUAUGCAGGUCACGUGGUUGGCAGCACUUUAAAAGCUCAGAGGGAGAACCCAGAGAUGACCAUCCGCAACACAGAUCCUGUCCUGAAAGGGGUGAAACAGAAACUGGAGCAGCUGACACAGGAGCUGUUAGUGGAGCUUGGCUGGGCGACCAAAGCCAGAAGAAGGGAGGAGGAAGAGGAAGGAGGGAGUGCACAGACAGACAGAGGCAGUGGAUAUGACUGUGAUGAUGAAGAUGGCUGCGAAGCAUCUGGCAAGGAGACCAAUGAUGACACAAGUGACACAUCCAGUGGUCACAGCCCAGAAUCAGAGAACAUGGCUCCUCCUCCUCCUCCUCAUCACCUCUCACCUCCACAGGUGGCUGUUCCAGGCUCAGCCCACAUGAUGACCGGUGAACCCUUAGCAUUGACCCUGGUGACCCUGGUGCUGCUGUCGCCCGGAGACCCUCACUGAUCAUCACAGGCAGAUCCUGAGAUGGUCAAAGACAGGAGAGACUGAGAGACUACCACACACUGUAGGUCUGUGGUGAAGCUGGGGGUUUUCUGUAAGCUCAACUCAACCACUCUGAUUGUUAUUUUGGGUGGUCCGGCUGGUGAUUUAGCACAGUUGCAGGUGCACAGUAUGCAUUUUCAUAUGAUCUGAACUGACUUCUACAUAUGUUUAUUUAACUUAACUCAUACACUAGGAUAGACUGCACAGCACUACUGAAUUUUUUGGAAGAGAAAUGUAAAUACAAAUAAAUAUAUAUUUAUAUAAAGAGAUUCUAUAGGAAACAAUGGCUUGAUGUGUAAAUAGGGAUUAAUAUAGAGCAGAACAGCCUGACUUGUUUUAGUUUGACCUUUACAUUACAGUAUGUAUCUCACACAGAGAUUAAGAUCCAUGGGUUUAAGCUAAAGGCUUAAUAGUGUUAACACAGCAGUGCAGCUACAGUGAAAGCACAAAGGUUACCAUAAAUAUAGAUAUAGGCUGGAAAUAAAGGAGCUUUCUCAAUACGCAAAACAGUCAGUUGUGUCAUACUUUUCACAGAUGGUCAUGCAGUAAAAUGUCUUUGACAAUUUGGUCUGUAGGUCUGUGCAGAGUGACACCCAUCCUGUUCAUUGGUUCAUGCACGCUUCCAAAAAUUCUUCCAAUAUUUACCUCUGUCUUCUCAUAGUUUGUCAUUUAUGUUUGUCUAGUGCAGGUACUUGUGUAGUUUUGGUAGCUGUGGGAAAAAUGAGGAAGAGCUAUUUUUUAGAUGUUCAGAGUGCAGAGUUUUAAAAGCAAUAGAGGGAGGGAUGUAACAGCUUCAACUUCAGCUGCACUUAUAAGCUGCCACUGCCAUCCUUGACAGGAUUGCCCUGUCAAAAAUAAGACUGUUCUGAACACUAAAAGCACUCAAUAGUAGAAUAGAAUAGUAAGUACAGUGUUUGACCACUUGCAUUUCAUUGUCAUAACAAUGUACUUAUAUGGCAGGCUGUUCUCCAAGUGUAUUAAUUAAAGUUGAAAUGAGAGACUAUAAAACACUGAACAAAAUGUAGUGAACUUUGUUUUUGAGUUUGAUAGAUAUGUUAUGAGCUUGUCUCAGUACUGAGUGAAAACAAGAGAGUGAUCAGUACAUCUGAGCCCAGAUCCAAAAUGUGAAUGAACCAUAAUUCCUAUUAAUUAGGUUUAUCAAGUUCUCCUGCCUCUCUUGAGUCUCACACCUCCCAAACAGCUCAUAACAGCAACACGGACCCUGGAGUACUGAUUAUUACAUUCAAAAUGGAUCAAAUGAACUAGGGAAGAACACUGUGUGCACUUCUGUCAGAGAGUUCUGUCUUCUCACAUAUAUCAUUAUGUGCUGCAGGUAUUAACUUGUUCAGAUAUUCGUAAGAAAUAAACUGUUUCUUUUGAAGUUUCACAUUGCAGAUUAAGUUACAGUCAAUUCUGUGCUGCAAAUUAGCAGAAGUCUCAUGAAUGCAUCUUAUUUCACCGCCUGAUAAAGUUUCUUUUUGAGGAUUGUGACUGACAGAUGAGGUGACUUAAGAAAUACCAUUAAAAAUCUCAGUGUGUGUGUUAUCUUGGCAGUAAGCCCAAAUACUGUGUCUGCUAGUGGGAUUCUGUUACACCAUAAUCUGUCGAACCAAUGUGCUAUUAUCUGAUUACAUUUUAAAUGUUAAACCUAGAUGAGAUGAGCCAACCCUCCCAGCUUCCAAGCCCACCACUUGCCGAACACAAACAUAAACAAACCACCAACGCACGAAUACAUAUUGACCAUAAACAAGAUAAGCAGAUAAGGAAAAUAACAUGGAUGCACAGUAUUUUCUUGUUUGUCAACCUGAGAUAAGAACACGAACAGAAAUUGUGGAGAUUUAAAAAAUCUAAAAACAAAUUUUAGAUAUGCUUAGAACCUUUGUAAAACAUAAGAUAAUGAGCAUGUACAGUGCUUUGGGGUAAUAAUUUAAAUUACAUUCUCAUUAAGACCUCAUUAACGUCAUUUAUCAAAGUCUAACAUCUAUCUUAGCUUAGCCUUCUUAGUUUGUUUGUGGCAGUAUACAGGACCACCAGGAUGCAACAUACACCCAGUCAGCAGCUGUGGUUUCUCUCUCCACACUCAGUGCUAAUGUAAACUAAACCAGCGAGCCUGAUGUCAAACUUUAAAUCAACCUGUACUGUGUCUUGCCACUUUGUUGUGUCAA